GUUUGUGGGUAUUUUAAUGUGAUGACUCGAUGACGGCCAACUGGGUGGCUGGGGGAAAGUGUAAUAAACAGAUAAAUCAACGAGUGGCCUCCAUCUUUCCACCGUCGCAAUGCCCAAACCAAGCAGCCAUCUGGACGACGUGCUAGCCGGAUUGCUCGCCCGCCGCCAAUCGCGCAACCGGCUCCGCCGUCUGACCACCGUGCCGCCCGGCACAGCAGACUUCUCGUCCAAUGGCUAUCUCUCACUCUCGUCGCAUCCCGACGUCCGGCGCGCCUACCUCUCCAGGCUGCAGUCCCACGAUGCUGCCGAUAACAACACCCCGAAUCUCGGACUGCUAGGAUCGGGCGGCUCUCGCCUCCUAGACGGCAACUCCGUUCUGGCAGAGUCGCUGGAGCGCAGAAUUGCCGACUUCCACCACGCGGCGGACGGGCUGCUGUUUAACUCAGCGACGGAAGCGAACCUCGGCCUGUUCGGUUGCGUCCCGCAGCCGGGCGAUGUUGUUGUUUACGACGAGCUCAUCCACGCUAGCGUGCAUGAUGGCCUGAGACUUAGUCGAGCUGGCAGGAGAGUGCCAUUUGCACAUAACCGCGUCUAUGAUGAUCGGGGCAAGGGGAAUGAGAAGUCGGCAGUUGCGACGAAGGAGCUCAAGAGCCUUGAGGCGGUCUUGCGAGAUCUCCAAGAGUGCUCCGAAGGACGUCUGGUCCGAGAGGGGCAGAGGAACGUCUUUGUUGCUGUUGAAGGUGUGUACAGCAUGGAUGGAGACUUAGCGCACCUGGUCGAUAUCGUCGAGUGUGUCGAGCGUUUCCUGCCCCGAGGAAACGGCUACAUAAUCGUCGACGAGGCGCACUCAACUGGCAUAUUUGGUGACAAGGGGCGUGGGCUCGUGUGCGAAUUAGGCCUUGAAGACCGUAUCUGGGCGCGAGUACAUGGCUUUGGUAAAGCGAUGGGCUGCUCUGGAGGCAUUGUACUUUGCUCCCCUACCACACGUUCUUACCUCAUCAACUACGCCCGCAGCCUCAUCUACACGACCUCGUUGGCUUUCACCUCCCUUGCAAGUAUAGAGGUCACAUACGACUUCCUGGCGAGCGGAAGGGCUGAUCCCUUAAUCUGCCACUUGCGCGAGAUCAGUUCCCAUGCUUACAAUCUCAUCGCCUCAAUACUUCUUCGUCACCACCCUUCACCCAUACUUCUUCGUCUAAACGCUGAUAAACCGAAGUCGCCCAUUAUCCCACUCUUCACGUCGCAUCCGCGUAGCUUAGCACAGCACUGCCAGCAGAGCGGGUUCAUGGUGCGCCCGAUUGUGGCGCCGACGGUGCCAGAGGGGAGGGAGAGGGUGAGGAUAUGUCUCCACGCUGGGAACACAUUUGAAGAGAUUGAGGGCUUGGGUAGAGCGGUGGAAGCAUGGGUGCUCGGCUGGGAGGAGAUUAGCGGAGACACAGGGCGCGGGUCAUCGGCAUCAGGGGAAGCCAAGGUUGAAAAGGCAAGACUCUAGGGUAUGUUGUAAUUUCGGGUCAUACUUCAUCUUGGCAUGCAGAAUCGUGUCGGUAAACGGGCAACAAGCAUGUGAACAAGGCUUAGAUUGACCUGGUUGCGUCCCUGCAGCAUGGGAUAGUCUGUUGUGUCGCAAAGGUGUCAGAAAUUCUGCAGUUGGUAGGAGCUCUGUCUCCUCCACCUCCUGAUUGGACUCCGCCACGCUGGCACACUGCUACCAUUGGUUACCACAUCCCAGAGCUGUCUGUGCCCCUCGAUGCGCAUCAAAUGUGAGCUCACUGCCAGGUAGGGGUUUGGAGGGGCUGCAUAUGGAGCUGCAUCACCAGUUUGGGACAAAGACAGACAGACAGAUAAUCAUAAGAAUGCUCUCCAAGGCCCUAGAUCAGACCGGCUGUUUCUGCGACCGCGGCAGGCACGUCUUCGAC